AUGAAAGUUUAGUUGUGAGAUAUGUAAAUACAUAAGAAUUGUAUGCGACAUAUGUAAAUUUCCCUAUGAUAACAUGUAGCCGACUGGAAAAUGGAUGUGCUGGCGUAUUUGUAAUGGCAGUGUCUUCGCCGUCACCAAAGAUUUAUUGGCGAGUUGAUGGUACAAAAGGGACACUGCAAAUUGAACGUGGGGUUGAGAAUGAGAAGCAUGGAUAUACGGUACUAUUCUAUGCAGCAGAUGGCUUAUGUCGAAGAGCUUUCCACCCCUUCAGUGGAGUGAAUGAAGAAUUGAAUGCUUUUGUUCGGGACAUAAAACAGGCUACUAACAAGCAAGAAACAACCAGGUACGAAGCUGAACCUCGCAGUUCAUAUUUAGAGGGUGCUAGAGAUAUUGCCGUUUUGGAAGCAAUGCUCGAAUCAAGCAGCCAGAAUGGAGCAAAUAUUACUGUGAAGAGUCUCUGAUGGAUUGAAGAAACAGAGGAUAUUAUAAUAGUUACUCAUUUAACGUACGUAAAAAUUGCCGCCGUGGGGAGACUUUGUCAUAAAUCAGGCUCUGCAAAAAAUUUGAUUGCUGCUUUUACUGAUCCUUCUACAAUAAAAUUUGCUGCUUAAAUCA